UCUCCUCCCUUCUGUAAACCAGCCUCAGCCUUUCUGACGUUGGGUCACUUCCCAGAAGGAGAGAGGGCGCAGCUGAGCCCUGGCUCCUGUUCCUGCUCAAGCUGAGAUCUGCCCACCAUGGCCUUGGUGCUGCUCCUUCAACUGCUGACUGUCUGGCCGGCAGGUUGCGCAGACAUCACUCCAACUGUCCCCCCAGCCUCAUACCCCAAGCCGUGGCUAGAGGCUCAGCCCGCUGCAAUUGUGACCCCCGGAAUCAACAUCACCUUGAGGUGCCGGGCCCCCCAGCCUGCCUGGAGGUUUGCACUCUUCAAAUCCGGAGACGCGGCUCCUGUGCUUUACCGGGACGUGGCUUCGGAGCUGGCGGAGUUCUUCCUGGAGGAGGUGACCCCAGCCCAGGGGGGCAGUUACUGCUGCUGCUACGGAAGACUAAGCUGGGGGCCAGGGGUCUGGUCCCACCCCAGUGAUACCCUGGAACUGCUGGUGACAGACGAGCUGCCGCGCCCGUCGCUGGUGGCGCUGCCCGGGCCGGUGGUGGCGCCCUGGGCCAACGUGAGCCUGCGCUGCGCCGGCCGCGUGGGGGGCAUGAGCUUCGCGCUGUACCGCGUCGGCGUGGCGGCCCCGCUGCAGUACCGCCGCUCGGCGCAGCCCUGGGCCGACUUCCCGCUGCCCGGCGCCCGCGCGCCUGGCACCUACAGCUGCUACUACCACACGCCCUCCGCCCCCUACGUGCUGUCCCAGCGCAGCGAGCCGCUGGUCAUCAGCGCGGACGGCUCAGGCUCCUCGGACUACACCCAGGGCAACGUCGUCCGCCUGGGGCUGGCCGGUCUGGUUCUCGCCUUCCUGGGCACACUGGUCGUUUUCGACUGGCGCAGCCGGAGUCGCGCCCCUGGCAGCAUGUAGGCCUGAGUUCAGGGGACAGAGAAGACUUCCCGGAGGGGGUGGAGAAGAAGCCCGGAUGCCUUGGGUUGGGCGGACCCUUCCAGGAGCCCCACAGCCCUACCGGCUGAACCCAGCUUCCCCGGUAAUGACAACCUUGGCACCACGCCCUCCAUUUUCCUAUGGGUCACUUCCCAGGACUCUGAUUGAUGGGUGGAAGGCGCGAUCAGUGGCUAAGCCUUCCUAGCUAAGCGACACCUGAGUUCGAAUCCCAGUGCUGCUGCUCCCUCACUGGGGGAUAUUAGGAAAGCGGCCCUUCCCCAGCCUCGGUUGCUCUGGCUGUAAAAUGGGGCCACUGGGAUUGCCCACUUCCUAGGAUCGUUGUAGGAUUAAGUGGACAGUGCACAUGAAGGGUUUCAGUCAGUAACUGGCUCGUAGUUAAUGCGCAAUAAAUGUUACCUACCAUCUAA